AUUCAAAUAACAGAAGAUCUCGUAGAACAAAAUGAAGAUCAAAAUACUGAUCCUCUUAAGUCUGAAGAAGAAUAUAAAAUGAAAAAUAGUUUAAAAAUUUUACAAAGUUUAGUUAAUAUUGAACAUGAUAAAUUAGAAGUUCAAAAAAGUUUAACAACAAAUGAAAUACAACUUAAUAAUGAAAAAAAUGAAAUAAACGUAUAUAAAAGUUCUAAAAAUACAAUCAUUAAAAAAAAGAAAAGUAGAAAAUCCCAAGAAAAUAUACAUAAAGAAGAAGAAGAAUGGUUACCAAGUAAUGCGAGACAAAAGAAUCAUAGUUCUAAAAAUAGAACUAAAAUCAAUAAAGGGAAAAACCAUAAAAAUAAAGCACCAAAAAAAAAUAGAAAAUUGAAAACGCAAAAGACCUUGAAUAAUUCAUCUACAAGUAACUCAAAUUGCUCUGUUAAAAUUCAAAAUGGUCAAAGUACUUUAUUGACUAUGAAAGAAUCAUUAGUUUCUAGUUGUACCAAAAAAAAUGAGACAGUAGUUUCUACUAUUAAAAAUACUAAAUCAUUGGAUACAAUCUGUUCUACAGAAACUCAAAUGACAUAUCUGAAUGUAAAAUACUGUCCACCAACUAAUGAAUUAUUAGAGCUAGAUGAUUUUGAAAAUAUACCGCAUAGUGAGAAAAAAAAAUGCCUAAGAAAAGUUAAAAACUCAGAUAUGUUACCUAAUAAAACUUGUCCUAUUGCUUCUACUAGUGGUAAUAACAAAAAAGAUGUUGACAAUUUAAAAAAUAAAUCAUCCAGUUCCUCAAGUUCAACAAUGAAAAUAUCGGACUAUAAAAAACUAUAUGAAAAAGAUCGUAAAAGUUUAUUCAGCCCUGAUAUUAUUAUAAAAAAUAUAUCAUCAAAACCUUCAAAAGAUUUAACAAAUGUCCUACACAUAAAAAAGGAAUACAAUUCGAUACAAAAAAAAGAAGAACCAGAAAAAAAGUCAAAACCAGCAGUAUGUAAGGUAGAAAAUAAUAAUAAAACUUCUAAUAAAAGGAAAAAGUCAACCAAAAAUAAUACUGAUGAAGUGAAGAUAACAGAGAAUUGCUCUAAGUUAACUCACGAUUCAAAAUCUAAGUCAAAUCAUGCAUCAUCAACAAAAUAUAAGAGAAUCAAAUUAGUGAAAAACGAUAAAAGAGCCAAGACUAAUACUGUUAGUAAUACAAAUAAUAAAUCGAAUACUAUCGAUAUAUCAGUAAACAAAGCAUCGGGUAAUAAUAAUACUUUAGGUUCUGAAAAAUUGAAUAGAACAAUGAAAAUGGAAAAUAACAUGUCUGGUGAAAGUACAUCGAAACAUCAACAAUUGAACGAAGUGAAUGUUUUGGAAAAUAAAGAAUCUGAUAAGAAUACUUUGGAAAGUGAAACUGUCCCUGAAUGGUUAAGACGUUUAUACGUGAUUCAUAAUAUUAAACCUUUGUAUGUUAUUAUUAAUCCAAACAUCACAUAUUAAAUUUCAUAUUCUCAAUAAGUGCAAUCAGAAUCUUAUAAUGUAUAUUAUUAGAUAGUAAAAUAAAAAAGAUAUACCAUUUAUUGAUAAACAUUUUUA